GCUCCGCCUCCCCUUCCCCUCACCCCUACGUCCUAACCCCCGGCCCCUCGCGUUGACACCUCCUCCGGGGCCUUCUAGCGCGCGCGCGCUCCCGCCCUUGUUUUGUUUAGAACUAGGGGAGGUGGGGGGAUUCUUCCCUUGCCUUAGGACCACGCGUCGCAACGCGCUUGCGCCGGCGUCUUUCCGCCUCGUCCUGAUUGGCUGAGAGCGUGCGCAUGCGCCCGAACCUGGCGUGUGCCCCGCCCUCCCCCUCAGCCCUUUAAGAGCUUCUCCCAGCCGGUUCGAAAGAUGCCGGCGGCGGUGAGUGGCUGUGACGGACCCGCCCCCCGGGUUCUCCGCCCCCGCCGCCGCCAUUACGGAGUUCCCAGUGGUUGACUCUUCACCACACUGAAACCAUUAGGAAAAAUCCUUGUGGUUAACAGCAGAGGCUUCAGAGUGUAACCUGUACUCGGGCCUAGAAAUAAUUUUAAAUGGCGACUGAUACGUCUCAAGGUGAACUCGUCCAUCCUAAGGCACUCCCACUUAUAGUAGGAGCUCAGCUGAUCCACGCGGACAAGUUAGGUGAGAAGGUAGAAGAUAGCAACAUGCCGAUUCGUCGAGCUGUGAACUCUACCCGGGAAACUCCUCCCAAACGCAAGCUUGCUAGUGGGGAGGAAGAAAAACCAGAGCCAGACGUAAGUUCUGAGGAGUCUGCCUCCACUGUAGAAGAACAGGAGAAUGAAACUCCACCUGCUACGUCUAGUGAGACUGAACAGCCGAAGGGGGAACCUGAGAGUGAGGAGAAGGAAGAAAACAAGUCUUCUGAGGAAGCCAAAAAAGAUGAGAAAGAUCAGUCUAAAGAAAAGGAGAAGAAAGUGAAAAAAACAAUACCUUCCUGGGCUACCCUUUCUGCCAGCCAGCUAGCCAGGGCUCAGAAACAAACGCCGAUGGCUUCCUCCCCACGUCCCAAGAUGGAUGCGAUCCUAACUGAGGCCAUUAAGGCGUGCUUCCAGAAGAGUGGUGCAUCAGUGGUUGCUAUUCGAAAAUAUAUCAUCCAUAAGUACCCUUCUCUGGAGCUGGAGAGAAGGGGCUAUCUCCUUAAACAAGCACUGAAAAGAGAAUUAAAUAGAGGUGUCAUCAAACAGGUAAAAGGAAAAGGUGCUUCUGGGAGUUUUGUUGUAGUUCAGAAAUCAAGAAGAACACCGCAGAAAGCCAGAAACAGAAAGAAGACUCCUGCAGUGGAUCCAGAACCGCAAGUAAAAUUGGAGGAUAUCCUCCCUCUGGCCUUCACGCGCCUUUGUGAACCUAAAGAAGCUUCCUACAGUCUCAUCAGGAAAUAUGUGUCUCAGUAUUAUCCUAAACUUAGAGUGGACAUCAGGCCUCAGCUGUUGAAGAAUGCUCUGCAGAAAGCAGUAGAGAGAGGCCAGUUAGAACAAAUAACUGGCAAAGGUGCUUCGGGGACAUUUCAGCUGAAGAAAUCAGGGGAGAAACCCCUGCUUGGUGGAAGCCUGAUGGAAUAUGCAAUCUUGUCUGCCAUUGCUGCUAUGAAUGAGCCGAAGACCUGCUCCACCACUGCUCUGAAGAAGUAUGUCUUGGAGAACCACCCAGGGACCAAUUCUAACUAUCAAAUGCAUCUGUUGAAGAAAACACUGCAGAAAUGUGAAAAGAACGGAUGGAUGGAACAGAUCUCUGGUAAAGGAUUCAGUGGCACCUUCCAGCUCUCUUUUCCAUAUUACCCCAGCCCAGGAGUUCUGUUUCCAAAGAAAGAGCCAGAGGAUUCUAGAGAUGAGGACGAAGAUGAAGAUGAUUCAUCAGAAGAAGACUCUGAGGAUGAAGAACCACCUCCUAAGAGAAGGUUACAGAAGAAAACCCCAGCCAAGUCCUCAGGGAAGACAGCAUCCAUGAAGCAAAGAGGGUCCAAACCCACAGUUAAAGUUCCUGCUGCCCAGAAGGGGAAAGCUAGGUCCCUGCCCAAGAAAGCCCCUCCCAAGGCCAAAACUUCUGCCAAGAAAGCCAGACCCUCACCCUUGGUCAUCAAGAAACCUAGUGGUAGCUCUUCAAAGAAGCCAGCAGCCAGUGUGAGAAAGGAGGUGAAAUUGCCUGGCAAGGGCAAAUCCACCAUGAAGAAGUCUUUCAAAGCAAAAAAGUAAAUGUAUAGGAAAAGAGGGUAUCAUGGUUAAAUUCAGAAUCUUAUUUUCUAAGGUCAGUGUGCAUUUGUUUUAGUUUUGAUGCUUAUAAAAUUACAUUUUUUUUCUCCCCUAUGGACAUUGUGGGGAGGGAAUAUAAAUAAAUCCGCUUAGGCAUUUGUUAGCUUUAGGUGCUGUUCUUGGUGCCUGCCCCUCCCCUCAGCCAUUUUAAUUUCUGCAAUAAUCCUGGACUUUCCCAAACUAUACUUGUCCUUCUUCCUCCCCCUACCCUAUCCCUCUUUCCUUUUUUUAUGGUCAGCUUUGGCUUUUUUUCCCUCCCCCUUACGGUUUUAUCUAAACAGUUGCAAAGAUUUUUAUAUUUGUAGAAAGCAUCAAGAACAGGAUGCUGGUCAGGUGCUAGAAGUAAAGGAGGCAGUGCAGCCCUGACUAAAUUAUAAAGCCUCCUUCCUGGAGACUUCAGUUAUAGCUGUAGAAUUGAUCUUAUUUAUAAAACCACUCCACUAACUUCUUUUCUCCAACUGUAAACACAGAGACAGCUUUGGGCAUAAGCCAAAACCAUGGCCUCGUUAGAUUCCGAAGAUGUAGGACUACUCCUUGGGCCACGUUCACAUCGAUCGAUUUCCAGGUGGUGGUCUCUGGCCCAGGGCACUGCACUUGUUCCCUUAACAGCACGCACACGUUCUCGCCACCACUUGGCUUUUGACUGAAGGGGACUAUAGGACUAUAUUGAAUCUGAUUUCUGGUGUCACCUGUGUUACCAAAAAUCAAAACAUAAAAAAUCUUCUUGAUCAAAUGUUUAAAUAUAUUUUUUAAUAUUUGGAGCAUGAAUUGUCACUUCCUGUUUGCCUUUUUUAUAAGGAAAUGUUGGAGAAUUACAUUGUUGUAAUGUAGAGUUAAGUGGAAAACAUACAAUUUGCUAAAAUAAACUAGAUUCUAGAUUCAUCUGUGGAUUUUUUUUUUUCCCUCCUCUCUUUCCACAGCACUUUUGAUAUCAAGCAAGUGGCUUCCUUUUGAGAUUAAAAAAAGAAAAAAAAAAUUAA